AUGGAGGAACCCCCAUCAGAGGAGGUAUCCACUGUCGAAGAAGGCGAAACCUGGAUGACCUCCCUGAUUCAGUACCUGGAGGCCGACAUCCUCCCAGAAGACUGUAGAGAGGCCAGAAAGAUCAAGAAACAAGCCUCGAGGUACUGUAUCUCCCAGGAGAAGCUGUACCGGAGGUCUUUCUCUGGCCCGUACCUAAGGUGUGUCACACCCCAAAAAGCCGCUAGUAUCCUUGUAGAACUACAUGAAGGAGGCUGUGGAUCCCACUCUAGCGGUAGAAGCCUGGUGCUCAGAGACAGAAGGGCUGGUUACUACUGGCCCACGAUGGCCGCCGACGCUAACAGACAAGCCAAGCACUGCGACCAAUGCCAAAGGCGCGCUCCAGUCUCCAAGCUCCCCCCAGAGAACCUCAAGUCCAUAAGCUCACCAUAG